AUGUCUGAAGUCGAAGAACCGUCGGCUAAAAUUGCGAAGAUAGAGGUAUCAGCAAAGGACCAAGAUGAAGAGCUAGAUGAAGGUCAAGAAGAAUGGUUGAGCGAAGGAAUACUUACUGAUGAUGAUUAUAAUCCAAGUGCGGAUGUAGAACAGAAUGCGUCUAAUUUUAACUCUAGUCAAGAGAACACUAUGACGAGUAUGGAAGUUGAGGGUAUCGGCCAGACAGAGACGAUAGAACAGGCUCUUAAUAACUUUGAGAAUUCACAUCAGACUGAACUGCCAGGUGAUCUCAGUACAUUCCUCAUAAGGAAGACGGAUAACAAAACUACUUCAAGAGCUGACGGUCAUGACAAUGAAAAUGAAGAGUCGAAACAUGAGUUUGACGAUGGAAAUGACACAGAUGAACUGCUUAGAAUGCUCGGUGAAGACAAUCAGGGCAAGAAGAAGUUGAAUAAAACUCACUCCAGGACAGAUGAUAGGAACCAAGGGUCGAGCGAUGAAGAUGAAUAUAUAUUUGAUGGUGCAAAAAUAUCCCGUUUGAAGGUAGCCAGGAAUGCCAUAAUGAAGAAGUUACCGACCAAAGCUGUUCCCGAGGAAAGUGAUAGAGAUAGUGACCUGUCAUCAGAUGAGCGUUUGAUUGUGAAGAGGAUGUUCGGAGUGACCAAGAAGAGUAAUAAUGUGGCUUCGAAGAGUACGGCCAAGUCCAGUAUUAGUGCUAUGAGGGACGGCAAGAAUGUUAAAGAUACAGCAACCAAGCCGAGGAUGCAAAGGGAAGAAACAAAGCCAGUUGAGAAACAUGUUCCGGAGAUCAUCGAUGAAGAAGAAUACUUGGAUGAAGAGCAGUUUGACUUGGAUGAAGGUCUAGAAUCGGAAGGCCAGCGUAUCAUGAGACCCGAGAGAAUGGAUGAAGAGGUCCCCACAGACGGAGAUUCAGAACCUGAUGAUGAAAGUCUAUAUGAUGAGCUACCUUCAUCCGACUCCGAAGAUAUUAUGGAUUGGUUUACCCUGGACUUAAGAUCUGAACGCGCGGGCGACUAUAUACCACUGCUAGGUCCGUCAGCGAGAAGAUUAUUAUCUACGGAGCGGGCUCGUGCGGCCGCUAGGCUGAGUGCUCUCAAGCAAAGCGCUGCCGCUUUGAACGAAAGCAGCGCUGGCCAGGCGGCGGCUUUGAGGCGAGCGGCUAGACAAUUACAGGAGCUGGACGCCGCGCUUAGAGCGUAA